CAAGAUCUCCCAUCCUUGAUGCACUUGCAUUCACUGUAAUCACAAGGAAGUUUCUGAGUUUCUCUAAGAUGGAUAUCAUUUCACCGAGGCUGGGUAGCCAUGCAGAAACCAUACAAGUGAUGGCAUACUAGGCAAAGCCAGGAAUAUAGUAUCACCUUCCCAAAUUCUCCGUCAACCUUCUCCAACAGACAGAUUUUCCUCGACUCUCAUUAGGACCUGUCGCCUCGCGAGCCAUGAAGCUGAUCACUGCCUUGUCAAUCCUGAGCCUCGUUGGCGUCACAGCUGCCCAAGAAAGCUGUACAGCCCUGGCUACUCUUGUACCGUCCUGUGCUACGGGCUGUAUUAGUUCAGCGGCUUCGGUCCUUGGUUGUGCUGACGGAGACUUCUCCUGUCAAUGUCAACCAGCUAUAUCAAAUUCUAUAGUUAUUAAGGCUCUGGGAUGCGCAACGAGCGCUUGCGGCUUGGUAACGGCGCUUGCUGCCAAGGUUGAUGCUGGGGCUGUCUGUUCGUGCAUUACUUCUGCUGCCAAUGUGAAUGCCACAACAAGUUCAACGAUUGUCAUUACAACAUCUUCAACAGCAAUUCCUACGAACUCUUCAACGUCGUCAGCCUCCCCAGGAAGCCCCGCGAGUGCCAGCACAUUAGCACCCACAACAAAUGCAUCAACCUCGUAUCCGACAACCAUCUUGCCAGCAAGCACCUCAUCCAGCCAACCGACCUAUAGCUCAAAUUCUACCUUCACAUUCUCUUCGCCAUCCAGCCAGCGGGUUUAUAGCUCAAAUUCCACCUUCAAUUCCUCUUCGUCGAGCCAGCCAGUCUAUAGCCCCAAUACAACCUUCACAUCCUCAUCGGCAACACCCCCCCGGACAAUCACAUCACCUCCUAGUUGUAUAGCUGGAAGCCCUUGCGCGGCACAGCAAUCGGCAAUUCCACCAUGUGGGACAUCCUGCCUCUUCUCUGCUGCCUCUUUGGUUAGCUGUUCAUCUACUGAUAUUGCUUGCCAAUGCUCCAACUUCCUCUCAAUUCAAGCUGCCGGUGCCGGUUGUGUUGUGGGAGCUUGUGGCUUGACAGCAAUUGCAGUACUGAACUCUGCCAAUGCACUGUGUGCUUGUGUUACUGCAAGUCCAGCUUGCUCGAGCUCGGCUACAAUCCUAGUUGCCUCAAGAAGUUCGACGUUCUCCUCCUCUCCACAUCCCACAAACUCGACGAUGGUAUCGUAUCCCACCAAUUCAACGUCCUCACCACACCCUACCAAUUCAACGACGCUCUUGUAUCCUACUAACUCGACGUCCUCUCUACAUCCUACCAAUUCCACGUCGUCUCUACACCCUACAAACUCGACAAUGCUCUCGUAUCCUACCAAUUCGACGUCGUCAUGCUUGAAUACUACGCACGUCACACCCCCGGUCUCCCGUUCACACUCUGAGAAGAUCACUUCUCAUUCGCACUCGGAGAAGAUCACCUCACAUUCGCAUUUUGUGAAGACCACUUCUCAAGCCUCGCCCUCGCCAGUCUCACAUCCUUCCUCCACUCCAUCCUGCUCAUCCAAUUCCACUAGUAGUGGGGGAGGAUCAGGACCAGGAUCCGGCAGUGGGUCAGCGAGCGGUUCAACUGGUGGAUGGGGGAAGCCUGGGAACGGAUCGGGUUAUAAAUCAGGGAGCGGUUCAGAAAGCGACUCGGAAGGCAGUUUGGGAGGAGCACCAGGGAACAGUUGUGGAAAUGCUUCCGGGAGUUGGACCACUUCCUGGCGAAACCACGGCCGGUAGCCCCGCUCAAUUUACUGGAGGUGCGAAUAAGUUUCAUGCUGCGAUCACAAUGCUGGGGGCGGCGGCUUUGGCGGCGGUUGUGCUGUAAGAGUGUGG